AUGAACAAUUUGACUAAAGUCAUAUUGAAUGGAGAUUUUGAUGAAUCUUUAUCAUCUGAUGAUGAUAUCAUCAUGAUGCAACUAUUCACAGCGCAACAACAAAGAUUACAGACGUUGAGCCUAAACCAACAAACCAAACGUGUUGGUUCCACACGUGGUUGUCGAUACAUUAAUUUAUCUUACACGAUAUUCAACAAAGUGAAUGAGUACUUCAUCCAAACCCGUGAUGCCACUGGUGCUCUUGGAUUAUCCGGUGUAGAGAAGAUGACUGAAGCACUUCGGAUCCUCCAGUAUGGGUGCCUGCUGAUGCUCAGAUUAUUGCAAGAAGGAGAGCAACGCGGGUUUCCUGGAAUGUUAGGGAGUUUGGAUUGUAUGCACUGGCGUUGGGAUAAAUGUCCGAGUGCCCAAGCUGGUGCUUACACUGGACACUAUCACAAAUCAACAGUUGUACUCGAGGCAGUUGCCUCCUAUAACUUAUGGAUUUGGCAUGCUUUCUUUGGCAUGCCUGGCUCUCUAAAUGAUAUUACUGUUCUUGACAAGUCGCUUUUAUUUGCUGAAUUAACUAGAGGACGUGCCCCUGCUGCCAACUACACCAUCAAUAAUCAUGCGUACACCAUGUGGUAUUAUCUUACUGAUGUUAUCUAUCCUCGUUGGGCAACGAUUGUGAAAAUAACAUCUCAACCUCAAGGCACAAAGAGACAACUAUUUGCGAGGAUGCAGGAGCCAUGUCGGAAAGAUGUCGAAAGGGCAUUUGAAGUGCUCCAAGCACGAUUUAAUAUUGUCACAGUGCCAGCUAGAGGUUGGAGUGAUAAGGAUUUGUACUACAUCAUGAAGACGUGCAUUAUUUUGCACAACAUGAUCAUUGAAGAGCAGCGUGAUAUUCCAGAAAAUGAACGCAGUGCAGCACAACUUGAGACUGAUACCUAG